AUGGAACCAAUUAGCACACCAGCUGAAGUGACACAGUCACACGCUGUCCCACAGCAAAGCCCGUCUUUACCACAAAGCAACGAACCUGCUGCUGACUUGGUUGAACAAGAAUCAACGGAUGAAAGCUACAUUGAAGGCCGAUUAGAUAUCGACGAGAAACGAAAAAGAUUCGACGAGACAUCCUGUUCGCUCGAAGAAAAGGAGCUGUCUGAUCUGUUCAAAAAGGGAUUGCUCGACGAUGGAAGCACCGGCCCGUUAAAGGGAGACUUUACGUUGCACGAUCUUCCCCAGCUCAUCGGCGACGAAGCGUGUAGCGUUCAGUGGAAAACUUCAAAGCCAAAGCCAAAGCAGAAGGCGUCGGGAAGCUCCCGCAAGAAUGGCCAGGAGACAAAGGGCUUGACUGAUGAUGAAUUGGCCAGCGUUUUGCAAGCUUGUCCAGACUUGGAGGGCUUCAUCACCAAGUCUUAG